AUGAAGCCCACACCCACCCGGUAUGGCCCCGCUAUGCGGCUCGACGUCGCGCCGUGCUUUAUUGUCUCCCGAUCCCCGCGUCUUCUGUCGUUUGCCUGUUGUCGAUGUUACAGGGUGUCAAAUCUGCGGAAUAAGAAGAAGAAGAAGAAGAAGAAGAAGAAGAAGAAGAAGAAGAAGAAGAAGAAGAAGAAGAAGAAGAAGAAGAAGAAGAAGAAGCGUAAUCAGCGUGCAGGCGUCUUGGAUGACACUUCCGUUUCUCCUGAACUCAUUUCUGCCUUUCCUCCGCCAAUGUGGUUUGCAAGUCAUGUCAGGAUUGCUGGAUCUGCGUGCGUGUUGUCAGCAACACCACAGCAGAUAUUGGUUGAGUGGAUUGAAGUCGAGACGGCGGUUGUUAUGUUUGCUUUGGUGUUCUUGUUGGUAGAGCACUUUUGUAUUGAUCCAAUUCACCUUCCCGAUUCACGCAGUCAGUUCGAGUCCUUCGUGCAUGGCGAUGUUCACAACCACACCAUGUGGAACGAGGCCUUUGUUCGAUUGUCCUGUGAAUUCCUCCCUUCUGUGCUCAUACUUGAGUUGUGA